AUGGCCGAGUUGGUUCCUGUGCCGGAGCCUCCCGGCUUGCCGCUCAUCGGCCACACCACCCUCAUCGACAGCGAAUUCCCUCUGGGAUCCUUCCUGGCUCUCUCCGAGAAGUACGGCGAGAUUUUCCGACUACGGUUCCCGGGUAGGAGCGUCGUAUUCGUAUCUACUCACGCCUUGGCCGAUGAGAUCUGCGAUGAGAGGCGCUUCAAGAAGGUACCGACGGGCGCGCUUACUGAAGUUCGAAAUGGAGUCAACGAUGGUCUCUUCACUGCCCACAUCGAGGAGCCCAACUGGGGGAUCGCCCACCGCGUGCUGAUGCCGGCCUUUGGCCCCCUCAACAUCCGGGCCAUGUUUGGUGAGAUGCACGACAUUUCCACCCAGCUUGCUAUGAAGUGGGCUCGUCACGGCCCCAGGGAGCCCAUCCUGGCGUCCGAGGACUUUACCCGUCUGACCCUCGACGCAAUUGCCCUCUGCGCCAUGGGUUUCCGUUUCAACAGCUUCUACUCCUAUGAGAUGCACCCUUUCCUCGAUGCCAUGGCCUCCUUCCUCAAAAUCUCCGGAGACAAGACGCGCCGCGCUCUACCGGCAUGGUACUACAGGAAGACGGACGAGAAGUUUAAAGCCGACAUUGAGAUUCUUCGCAGAACCGCAGACGAGGUCCUGCAGGGGAGAAAGGCCGGUAACAGCGAUCGCAAGGACCUCCUCAACGCCAUGUUGAAGGGCGUCGACCCCCAGACUGGUCAGUCCAUGACCGACCAGUCCAUCACGGACAACCUCAUCACCUUUCUCAUUGCUGGCCAUGAGACCACCUCUGGCCUUCUCUCCUAUGUCUUCUACCUCCUGCUCCAAGACCCCCGGGUAUAUAGAAAGGCCCAGGAUGAGGUCGAUAAUGUCAUUGGCAAAGGGCCAAUCAAGGUGGAACACAUGUCCAAACUGCCUUAUAUCGCGGCGGCAUGGUACCAGGUUCUCCGUGAGACGCUUCGGUUGCAGUCCACCAUCCCCAUUAUUGGCCUCAAGCCCAUAGGAGAGCAAAUUCUGGGAGGAAAAUACAAGGUCAACGCCGGUGAGGGCUGCGUCUUGAUGAUGAGGCCGGUGCACACAGAUCCGGCUGUCUAUGGCGACGAUGCGCUUGAGUUCAAGCCUGAGCGUAUGGUUGACGAGAACUUCGAGAAGCUCCCCAAGAACGCGUGGAAGCCCUUUGGAAACGGUGUACGCGCCUGCAUCGGCCGACCGUUUGCCUGGCAGGAGGCACUCAUGGUCAUGGCCAUGCUCCUACAGAACUUCAACUUUGUCAUGGACGACCCUUCUUACCGCCUGACGCACAAGCAGACCCUGACCAUCAAGCCCAAAGACUUCUACAUCCGAGCCAUUCUCAGGGAUGGCCUGACGCCGACAUCGCUCAGCGCCCGCCUGGCCGGUACCCCCAACACUGGUCAGGAGGACAACUCCGCACAGAACGGUGGCGUCGAGGAAUCAGCCUCUGGCCCCGGGCAGCCCAUUUCCGUCUUCUACGGCUCCAACAGUGGAACGUGCGAGACAUUGGCACGCCGUAUUGCCGCCGAUGCCCCCCGCCACGGUUUCAAGGUCACUGCAGUUGACUGCAUGGAUGUCGCCAAUGGGAACAUACCCAAAGAUCAGCCCGUCGUCUUCCUGACGGCUUCGUACGAGGGAGAACCCCCGGACAAUGCUCGUCACUUCGUCUCUUACCUUGAGAAUCUCGAAGACAAGAAGGCCCUCGAGGGUGUCAACUACGCAGUCUUCGGCUGCGGUCACCACGACUGGACCUCGACAUUUUACCGCAUUCCCAAGUUGGUCGACUCGGCCCUGAACGAGAAUGGUGCCACCAGGCUUGCCGAGUCUGGCUUCGCUGAUGCGGGUGGUGCUGAUGUCUUUGUCGCUUUCGAGACUUGGGAGGACAGCACCUUCUGGCCUGCUCUGAAGGAAAAGUACGGCAUCGAGACGGCAAACGGGGCCAACGACGAGCAGUUGUCUCUGACUGUGGCCGUCACCAACCCGCGCAGCGAAGUGCUCCACACCGACGUCCAGCUGGCUCAAGUCAUCGAGACCAGGAUCCUGACGGCCGAUGGUGAGCCCAUAAAGAAGCACAUCGAGAUCAAGCUUCCUUCCGACAGCUCGUAUCGCUCUGGAGACUAUCUGGCCGUGCUCCCUAUCAACCCCAGGGAGACCGUUGCCCGGGCCAUGAGACGAUUCGAGCUACCAUGGGAUUCUCACCUGGAGAUUGAAGGUGGCGGCCAUGUCGACCUACCCACCGAGAAGUCUCUGCCGGCUUUCGACAUCUUUGGCUCAUACGUCGAGCUGGCGCAGCCGGCCACCAAGAGGAACAUCCUCGCCUUGGCUGCUUCUACCGAGGAUGAGGCCGACAAGGCCAUGUUGAAGGACCUUGCUGAUGCCUCGUACGAAAAGGAGAUUUUGGAGAAGCGCAUGUCCGUCUUGGACCUUCUCGAGACAUAUCCCUCUGCCAAGCUGUCACUCGGCUCGUUCCUCGCCAUGCUGCCGCGCAUGAGGAUCAGGCAAUAUUCCAUCUCGUCAUCGCCUCUCUGGAAGCCCAACCAUGUCACCUUGACCUUUUCGCUCCUCAAUGAGCCGUCCAAAUCGGGCCAUGGCUCAUACGUUGGCGUGGCCACCUCAUACCUGGCCAGUCUGCAGGCGGGUGACAAACUGCCAGUUUCGAUCAAGCAGUCCCAUGCCUCAUUCCAUCUGCCGCAGGACCAAGGGUCAACUCCCAUCAUCUGUGUCGCCGCCGGUACGGGACUGGCUCCCUUCCGCGGCUUCAUCCAGGAGCGCGCUGCUCUGAUCGAGGCCGGCCGCAAGGUGGCACCCCUGGUCCUCUACUACGGCUGCCGUGAGCCUGGCCGUGAUGACCUGUACGCCGACGAGCUGGCCAAGUGGGAGAAGCUGGGAGCCGUCAAGGUCAAGCACACCUACUCGCGGACACCUGACAAGAGCGACGGCAACAAGUACGUGCAGGAAGCUAUCUGGGCUGACCGUAGGGAGGUUGGAGAGCUUUGGGAGAACGGCGCCAAGGUCUUCGUCUGCGGAUCCAAGCGUCUCAGCACCGGAGUUCAGGACGUCGCCAUCAGGAUGACGCGUGCUAAGGGAAAGCUUGUGGGUAAGGAGGUGAGCGAGGAGGAGGCCUUUAAGUGGUGGCAGGAGCUGCGCAAUGUGCGCUACGCUACUGAUGUCUUUGAAUGA